ACAGGAAGAAGAACAGCGAGUAUAGACGAAUAGCUCACAUUGUUAUCCUGUGAAAGAGUUUGUGUUGUGUGUGCGUUUUGUUUUGUUUUUGUUUUUUGUUUUUAAUUGUUUGCGUACCCGGAAGUAUUUGUGCAGCUUGUGAAAUAAAAUAUUGGGCAGCUUUUGAGUGAAUCGUCUGGAGCAGAGUAGCAAGGUUAGCUAGCUGCUUUUAGGAAAACCAGAUCUGUUUGGUGAAUACAUCUGUAUACACAAAGAAAGUGUAAGCUCUUGUGCCUUUUCUGUUUCUCCUGUAACAGACAGGCAUGUCUUCAGAGCUCACCAUUGACAUCCAGCUCACAGAGUUGGGCUUUUCAAGCUGGGAUUUUCAGGUUUUAAAACAGAAAGAGACAAACCAGACUUCAGAUCCUGGAUGUGCAUCAUCAUCAUCGUGUCCCAUACCAGUGGGUCAAAUCCCUCCUGUCUGUCCAAACUUCCUCCCCAAUAAUCAUGACUCUGGGGUUAAUGCCAGGUUAGUUCAUGUAGAUUCCACAGAGACUAGUGCAGGCGACAGCAGCAAGACAGUUUGUGAAAAAGAAAGUGAGCUUAUGGGAGAAAAAAGAAGAAAAUAUCCAUGGUAUGAUGAAAAUGCUGACGAGCAACUUAAAGAGGACAAAAAGAAAAAAAUACACAAAGAGCAGGAGGUCAGAGAACGAGGAGAUCAGAGGAAGCUGAUAAGUGAUGAUGAUGAUGAUCAGGAUGAUGAUGAUGAUGUUGUUUCUGGGGAAGAAGAUGAGGAGGAGGAAGAUGAUGGCUUGACGGACGAUGAGGAAAGUGAUGAUGCUUUGUCUUCAGAUACCAAUGGUUCAGAAGAGCAUCGUUGCCAGGUGUGCAGCCUCACAUUUUCCACGACGUUCCUCCUCCAUGAACAUUUGCACAUCCAUAAUGGUGUGCGUCUCUACCACUGUGCUGAAUGCAGCAAGCAGUUCUGCCAUUUGGCGAACUAUCGUAAGCAUCUGCGCUGCCAUGCACAAGCGGCCACAAUCCGGUGCGUCAUUUGUACAGCCCACUUUAGAACACAAGAUGACCUGCAGCAUCAUCUGGAGACAAACCACUUUGAGGACAAGUUCUAUCAGUGUGAUCUCUGCAAGCGCAUUUUCACCAGCAUGGCAGAAUGCAAGAAGCACGUGCAAACGCACAAACGGCGCGCAAAACGCUACCCGUGCCCAAAAUGUGAGUGCAGCUUCCGCCAUCACAGCGCUAUGCUCUACCAUCUCAAGCGACACAAGAAGGGCAUGUUCAUCUGCACUGACUGUGGCCUGGCGUUCUCUACAAAAGCCGUCCUCCUCCGCCACAGCUUUCAUCACCUGGGCGUUUUGCCCUAUACCUGCAUACGGUGCAAACGCCAUUUCCGUUUAUCAACCCAGUACAUGAAGCAUGAGUGUAAACCACAGCAGUUGCAAUGUGUGGCAUGUCUCGUCAUUUUUUGGAGCCAAGAGGACUUCCUGAAGCACAAGAAGGACACGGGUUGCUGGGGUCAUCAGACAGCUCUCGGCGCCAAGGCAAAUGUCAUCCGAUGUAUGGAGUGUGGACAAGUCUUCAACAGUUCAGAGGAACUAAAGAAGCACGCCGGGAUGCAUAAGAGGGUCAUGAGGUGCUCGGAGUGCGGGAUGGGUUUCCGCUCAUCCAUUAUGCUCAUGUCGCACAUGGGUGGGCAUGCGGCUCAGCGGCCAUGCCUCUGCCAAGAAUGUGGCCUGGGCUUCUGUCAUCAACAGGCUUAUGAAAGCCACCUUAAAACCUGUGGGCUUGUGAAUCCAGCAGAGAUUGGCACAAAGAAGCAAAAGCCAAAUGCAGAGAAGAAGGAAGUCGUUAUUGCUCCUAAAAUCAAGGAAAUCGUACCACAGCUUGUGCACUUACCUCCAGCUGCAGUGAUUGGCACAAAGAAGCAAAAUCAAAAUGCAGAGAAGAAGGAAAUCGUUACUACUCCUAAAAGCAAGGAGAUCGUACCACAGCUUGUGCACUUGCCUCCAGCUGCAGUAAUUGUCACAAAGAAGCAAAAUCCAAAUGCGGAGAAGAAGGAAGUUGUUACUAUUCCUAAAAGCAAGGAGAUCGUACCACAGCUUGUGCACUUGCCUCCAGCUGCAGUAAUUGUCACAAAGAAGCAAAAUCCAAAUGCGGAGAAGAAGGAAGUUGUUACUAUUCCUAAAAGCAAGGAGAUCGUACCACAGCUUGUGCACUUGCCUCCAGCUGCAGUAAUUGUCACAAAGAAGCAAAAUCCAAAUGCAGAGAAGAAGGAAGUCGUUAUUGCUCCUAAAAGCAAGGAAAUCGUACCACAGCUUGUGCACUUACCUCCAGCUGCAGUAGUAAGUGGCCAAACAAAACCUGCUGAAGGUCUGACGACAUUCACUCUGAAUAAAGAGCCUCUUUCUCCUCUACCCCUGGUUAUGUUUUUGCCUGCACCCUCUGCGUCUGCAUCCGACAGCAUCCAGAAUCCUCAAAAGCUUAAUUCGGACGUCUCAAAUGAAUGCCUGUCCGCUCCACAGGUCAUUCACAUUCCACUACCCUCUAAUAACAGUUCUGUACAUAAAGAGUGUGAAAAAUCAGUACUGUUAAAAGACAUAGCUAGCCCGGUGCCUGGCUCAAACAUUCUCAUACCUUUGACAUCUGUGGAAAAUGGAAAAACAGGAUGGACACUAUUAGAGGCUCAGUGCGCAUCUGGUUCAAUCACUAAAAUAUACACAAUUAGAAAGGAAAAUGGACAAGUGACUGACAUCACGUUGGAGCGGAUAUCGCCCGUUCCACAGGUGAAUGCGAGCAGUGAGCAGAAAAAGAAAGGUUUGUCAAACUUGGAGAUCGCACAGAUCUUGCACCUGAUGAAAAAAAAUGUUUGUAGUGUUGAGAGGAAGGAAAAUCGAUCAAACUUGACCAUUGCUAUAUCAGACAACACAGAUGAUGAAAAGCAGAGUGCGUCAAGGCUGAGAAACAGGAGCCCCUCGCUUCAAAAGAGCGCUGAUGCCCAGUUAACAACAAACACAGAGAGCGAGUGUCUUGGUGCUGAAAAAAUGCAGCCUUGUCCUGAUUUUGAUACUUCAACAGUGAUACUUGACAGUUCACAAGUUAAAAGGCAGCUUGAAGAGGAUCAGAUCCCAAAAUCAUCGAUUCAUUCAUCAUCCAGGUUCUUAAACUCAGACGAGAUCUCAUCUCAGAACAAUGUACAAAAGACACACGAACACCUGGAGGAGGAAGACUUGGGUCUGGAUUGCGCAGUAAUAGAGCUCGGUGAUGAAUCUGACACAGUGCAGUGUGAAACUUGUGGAAGAAUGGUUUUAGAAAGAGAUUUGGUCCAACACACUAUAACGCAUGGUCUGGAUUGCGCAGUAAUAGAGCUCGAUGAUGAAUCUGACGUAAUGCAGUGUGAAACUUGUGGAAGAAUGGUUUUAGAAAAAGACUUGGUCCAACACAUGAUGACUCAUUCAGUCUCUUCUGUCCUUGCUACUUCAUAGGUCCUGGAUUUUGUAAACUUGAGUGAAUGGUACAGAUUCAGUUUACUUGCAAGAAAAAAAACGGACAACUCUGAAAAGCUUUCAGACCCUUCCUUCCUUCCUUUUAAUUUAAAUCAUGCAAAAUCUUUCUAAUGAAUCCAGUAUUAUUGGAGGAAACAAUAACAGACUGGCUGUGUGUGUGUGUGUUCCUAUUCAUCAUAAUGAAACACUGAAUAUUCCAAAUGUUUACUGAUUAUGCGUAUAAUUUGCACAAACGAGUAUGAUUUACUUAAUGUUGCUGAUAUGUUUUGUUUUUUCUCUGCUGUGUAUAAAGAUCAGGACAUUGCAUUUAAUAGAUACUGUACAUUCCUUUUAGUAGAUAAUUAUCUUCAGGUUCAAAUCGUACUGAAUUGAUUUCACGUGCUAGUUUCUUUUAAGCCUUUUUUUAAACUUGUUUUUAAUAUAACACAAGCAAGAGUGGAGUUUAUAAUGGAUGUAUGGUUUCUUAUGAAUCGAGUUUUAAAACUAUGCUAUCUUAUAGUAUGGGAGCGGGGAAUAAAAAUACAAUCAGACAUUCUUGUUUUGCCUUAAUUUUUUUUAUUUAGCUGUAGUUGCAUGUGUGCAGUAUGGCCAAAAGCAUUUGGAGAUAUGAACUUCUCAUCCAUGUGUGUUCCUGCCACAGACUUGAAAGCAUACUCCUAUACAAGCGUAUCUUUGUAUACUGUAGCAUUAUGAUUUCCCUGCUUGAAUUUCCACCUGCGUAGAACCCUGAUCUCAACCCUACUGAACACCUUUGGGAUGAAUUGUAACACCAACUGUGCACCAGACCUCCUCGCCUGACCUCAGAGUCUGAUUUCACUGAUGCACUUGUGACUGAGUGAGCAGAUCUCCACAGCCAUGCUCCAAAAUCUAGUGGAAAGCCUUCCCAGAAGAGUGGACAUUGUUAUAACAGCAAAGGAGGGAGCAGUUUUGGAGCUGGACAUUCAGAAAGUAUAUAUGAGUGAGACACUUGGAUGUCCACAAACUUUAGCCCAUAGUGCUGAUACCUUGCGAAUGUCUUAUUGUGCACCAGUAAUUUAACAUGUUCUCCAGCUUUGUGAAAGACCGUUCCAAAACACCAGUAAGCUGUGAAUAUGGUGCGUAUCUAGUCGUUGUUUUUCAAAUUGAAAUUUACUCUCUUCUGAUCAACAAGUUGUUUCCACCCACAGGAUUCGUUUUGUUUUUCUCUCCAUUCUGCGUAAAUUCGAGAGUACAGUGUAAUAAGUUCCAAGAACUCAGCAGUUUCUGAAAUACUCAACUCAGCUUUUCUGUCAGUAACAACAUGGUAAAGUAGCAGGGUUUUUACCCCAUGCUGAUGUUUGAUGUGAGCAUUAUCUGAAGUUCUUAAUCUGAUUCAGCAUGUUUUUGUGGUGCUGCCUCAUGAUUGGCUGAUUGGAUAAUUCACUUAUGAAAGAGCAGAUAUACAGGAAUUCUGAAUAAAGUGGACCGUGAAUGUAUAGCAGUUCUUGCAUUGAAUAGGUUUCAACUUUUUGGACGAGACAAUCUUGAGACAAAUUCAUAUACGGGCAGCAAGGUGGUGCAGUGGUUAACACUGUCGGCUCACAGCAAGAAGGCUCUGGAUUUGUGACUAACUGGGGCAUUUCUGUUUGGAGUUUGCUUGUUCAUCUCCCUGUACCUGCAUGGGUUUCCUCCUACAGUCCAAAAACAUUACGUUACAGGCAUUAAGCAGACGCUCUUAUCCAGAGCAGUGUACAACAUUCCUGGAGCAGUUCAGGGUUAGUUGCCUUGCUCAAGGGCACUGAAGCCAUUCUUGCUGGUCCACGGAAUUGAACCGGCAACCAUUUGGUCCCAAAGCUGCUUCACUAACUGUUAGGUCAACUGGGUACUCGAAAUUGCUCAGAGGUGUGAGUGUUUAUCUCUGUGUUAGCCCUGCGAUAGAUUAGCAGCCUGUCCAGGGUGUACCCCUCCCUCCUCUUACCCAAAGUUUGGGAUUGACACCAGCUUCCCCCCACAACCCUGAUGGACAAGCAGUUAGAUAAUGGAUGGAUGGUCAUAUACCGUUGUACAUGUCAGGCCUCCUACGAGCUUACAGUUUACUCCUACUGCACUUACGAGCUUAACAGUUUGUGACUACAGUCAGAGCUACGGGUACCCUGCAGCCAAUGACCCCUCUAUGACAGUGGUGAUUGAACAGUCACUCCCAAUAGUGGUACAGCUAUGCAGGGCGGUUCUCCACUAAUCGAAUUAAUGCCAAAUGUGCAACUCAACCCUGUGAGACCUACCUACGUUUGCUGUUUGUGCUCAUGGCCAAAGGAGACCAGACCUGGAGCCAUGUGACACCCUUAAAUUACUACAACCUGGCUCAUUGGCGAGGCCCACACAGGUCUUGUUCAAGCUCUGAAUGGACAGUCAUGGCCUCAGGUUCUUAGAAGGUGUCCAAGUACUAUCCAUUUACCUUGUAUACACGCCUCCACUAAAGAGUCCUGUGAAGCCGAGUCCUGUGGAGCCUGCCCCUGGAGGAUGGGGGCUGCCAGCGGGACCAUUCACAUUUCUCAUGGUGCAAUGACUAGAUCAUACCAGUGACUUCUCAAGGCAAUAUCACAGGGGCAAUAACUUCAAUUUUGCCAUCAACCCCCAAGCUCUAUCCCUCUUGGAUAGAAACAUUUGGAAGUAGAGCCCAAGUUUCAGAACAAGGGUUUCUACUUGACGUACUUCCAAAUUCAGAAGAAGAAGGAGGAGGAGGAUUUCCGUUCCCUUCUAGUUUUGCGAGGGCUGAUCUGAAAAGGCAACCACGUGGUGUUCAGGGGACACUGGAUCCACAGACGGGUGAAGGUAUUUUAUCUUUUUUUUAACUUUCAGGAAGAAAUUUUGGUUGAAAAGCUUGUGUUAUGAAUGUGCAUUUUUUCAUUUGCCAUCUAAUGCUUUAGUCAGGUUUAUUAUUAUUAUUAUUAUUAUUAUUAUUGCAUACACCGUUUACUCUGCAUUAAGAUGUUCAUUUUUAGACAUAAUGUGAAACACAAUUUAAAAAACAAAAAGGACCUGUAGAAAGAUGAAUUCCAAUGAUAUGGAAUGGAGUAAUUACUUCUAUCUAGUUCACCAUACAGAGAUUGUGGAUUUGCCCCCAUGUACUUUGCCCUGUUAUUUUUCAAAUAAACACCCUGCAUUGCA